UGGGGCAAGUAGGCUCCGCCUUCUGUUCCCGGUGUUCCAAGUCUGCCAAGGUUUUCGGCGUCCCGGGGAGACAGAGCAUGGGCUGGCUCAACUGUGGCUGACAGCAAACGCUCAGGCUGACUGGUAAGGUGGCUGGCCCUGGAUCCAGCAUGGUGUAGUUGGGAGCUAAAACAGAGACUUCAGGGAAGAGAGAGAGAGAGCAAAGAAUGCAGGCAGCGCUAUGAAACACUACGUUCAUCUGUUCAUCUGCGAGUUGAGAAUCAGAACUGAACUAAUUUCCCAGCUUUCCAAAGCAAUAACCUAUAAUAAUAGGAGACAAUAAUGGAGCUGCCAGAGGCCCUGAAGAUCAUUUGUUUCAGACUGAAUUGAACACUGGGAAUCCAAAUAGAAGAGCAUAAUACUUUUACUUUGGGGUCUGGCACUACUGCAGUGCUGAUCACUAGCUAACACACAACUGUGUGUCUUUCUGCAGGUGCCCUGGGAGGGGCCAUGGUGCCAAGACAGUUGUUGGGGAAACUGAAGCAGCCAUUUCUCUUCCUGAGCAGUGCCUCCCUCCUCCUGGGGCUGGCUUUACUGGUCAUACAGUCUGAUGUCGCCCCUGUUGCUUACUUCUUCCUCUGCUUGGCUGGCUUUUGCUUUGUUGCUUGCCUCCUGGCCUGUGUUAUGGAACGAUGCUCCCGAUCGAUGCCAAGCUCCAGGCAGACUGAGAAUCCAGAGGCCUCAGGCCAAGCGCAAGACAAUGGAGCUUUUGAGGUGCCAACCUAUGAACAGGCUGUAGAGGUGAUGGAUUCACAACCACAGAGCCACCUCCAAGAGCUGGAGCAACCACCCCCUUACAGCAGUAUCAUAAUAUCCCCAGGAGUUGAGGGGGCACAGCCUAGCCAACCAGACAGUCCCAGCACAGGCAGUCUGAAAAGGCGAGUGGGCUCAGAGGGGACAAUGACUGCCAGAGGAAACCCUGGAAGAAUUCUUCGACUUAGGGGUCCACGAGUUGUGGCCACUGCUCCUGAUCUGCAAAGCAUGAGAGUGGCCCCCAAACUGGAGCCUAGUACUCCACCUCCUGCCUAUGAAAUCAGUUUUGCUCAUGCUGAUGAUGACAGUGUUUUCUAUGAAGAUAAAUGGAUACUUCCCUAAGUGGUGCCCUCAGAACCUGUGCACUCAUUUGCCCAGCAUUUCCUAGUGUCUAUUGGAUCAGAAACUGGUUUUACCCGGACAUCACAAUCGAGGCCUUCAAAGCAGCGGGGAGUCGGGCUGUGGCAUGUCGUUCACAGAUAAAUGGCACACCUAGAUUCUUCUGGAAACAUUCUGGAACCUAUCUGAUGACCAGUAUUUCCAGAGUAAGGUGGAAGAUGAGAAAGAGAUAAGUUACCAAGAGAAGCUGGAGGGAUACCUCUGAGUGACUGCUGUGUUUCUUCUAUUGUAGACACCAAGUCUCCCUGAGAUUCCUGAUGGGGUAUUACCUACCAAGAUAAUGAGAGCUUCUAAGGUUGAGGGGAGCUGAAUAGUUUGCACAAGAACGGGAUGCUAGUAAAAACAUAAAAAUAACUCGAAUCAAAUUCCAA